AUAGACCCCGGACUGAAGGAAAUCACACAAGAAACCAACGGCACCCCAUGCUCUAGCGUAGUCCAAUAUCAUAUAAAGGAGGGCUUCAUUCUCUGUUCGAGUACCUUGCCAGCCAUAAUUGCUCUGUCACGAUGGCCAUCCUCAGAUACCUUGCGGCCCUUUCGGUCGCUGUCAACUCUAUUGAUGCAUCAUGCCCGUACAUGGCAAAUGACGCAAGAGACCUGCCCGCAAGCCACCCUCCCGUUCGAAGGGCUGAGGACUACACAAACACCGAUGAGUUUCUCAAGAAAUAUGAGAUCGACGAUACGGACACUUAUCUCACGAGCGAUGUCGGGGGGGCUUUUGAAGACCAAGAGAGUCUCAAGGCUGGAGAGCGAGGCCCCACACUGCUAGAAGACUUCAUCUUUCGUCAAAAGAUCACUCAUUUUGAUCAUGAACGCGUCCCUGAGCGAGCUGUCCAUGCCAGAGGCGCAGGAGCCCACGGUGUGUUCGAAUCUUACGGAGACUGGUCGAAUAUUACAGGCGCAUCGUUUUUGAGCUCGCCCGGAAAAUCAACGCCCGUUUUCCUUCGGUUUUCAACAGUUGCAGGCAGCCGUGGCUCUGCUGAUACUGUUCGAGAUGUUCAUGGAUUUGCCGUCCGAUUCUAUACAGACGAGGGCAACUACGAUAUCGUCGGUAAUAAUGUCCCUGUGUUCUUUAUCCAGGAUGCAAUCAAGUUCCCUGAUCUCAUCCAUGCUGUCAAACCAAGCCCGGAUAGUGAGAUUCCUCAAGCAGCUACUGCCCACGAUACAGCUUGGGACUUUUUCAGCCAACAGCCCAGUACCUUACACACCCUAUUCUGGGCUAUGAGCGGCCAUGGCACGGUCCGUUCGUAUCGGCAUAUGGAUGGGUGGGGUGUCCAUACCUUCCGCUUCGUUACAGACAGUGGCAAAAGCAAGCUCGUCAAAUUCCGCUUCCGAACGCUUCAAGGCAAAGCAUCUUUGGUGUGGGAAGAGGCGCAGAUCACUGCCGGCAAGAACGCCGACUAUCAUCGCCAGGAUUUAUUUGAUUCCAUCAACAAAGGACUCUACCCUGAAUGGGAGUUCGAGGCGCAGAUCAUGGAAGAGGAAGACCAACUUCGCUUUGGCUUCGAUGUAUUAGAUCCCACAAAGAUUGUGCCGGAAGAACUCAUUCCCUUCACGCCGCUUGGUAAAUUGACUCUCAACCGAAAUCCAAGGAACUACUUUGCCGAGACUGAACAGGUCAUGUUUCAACCUGGUCACAUUGUUCGUGGUAUCGACUUCAGUGAAGACCCUCUUCUUCAAGGACGUCUAUUCUCGUACCUCGAUACUCAGUUGAACCGUCACAAUGGUCCAAACUUUGAGCAGCUACCCAUCAAUCAACCUCGCGUACCAUGGCAUAACAACAACCGUGACGGUGCGGGACAAAUGUUCAUUCCACUGAACACUGCUGCGUAUAGCCCCAACACACUCAACAAGGGUGCCCCAUACCAGGCCAACCAAACCGCAGGCAAAGGAUUCUUCACAGCACCGAACAGAGGCGUAAACAACAAACUGGUGAGAGCCAAGUCCUCCACUUUUGCGGACGUCUGGUCCCAACCUCGGCUUUUCUUCAAUUCACUUCUCCCUGUUGAGCAACAGUUCGUCAUCAACGCUAUUCGUUUUGAGACAGCCCAACUGAAGAGCUCAAUUGUGAAGAACAACGUUCUUAUCCAGCUCAACCGAGUUAGCCAUGAUGUCGCCACACGUGUGGCCACCGCUAUAGGUCUCGAGGCCCCUGCAGAGGAUCCAACCUAUUACCACGACAACACCACCACCGGUGUCUCUGUCGCUAGCUCGGGUCUCUUAAAGCUGGAUGGUCUCAAAGUUGGUUACCUUGCGACCAACGAUGCCGCAGAAGAUGAAAGCGUUGCAUCCCUCAAAUCAUCUCUCGAAUCCCUAAAAGUCGACCUUGUUGUCGUCUCGGAAAGCCUCGUCAAAGGUGUUGACCAGGCCUACUCUACCACUGAUGCAUCUCAGUUCGAUGCAAUUGUUGUAGGAAAAGGCACUGAGUCGCUCUUCAGCCCAACUUCGGGUCUCGGCAGUGCGAACUCGACAGGCAAAGCCCGUACAAGCCCUCUUAGCACCCUCUACCCUGCUGGACGUCCUCUCCAAAUCCUCCAGGACAGUUUCAGAUGGGGCAAACCCAUUGCCACGAUCGGUAACACCACGCAAACUUUCACUGCAGCUGGCAUUGAGACUGAUACUCCUGGCGUGUAUGUUGUUAGCGACGCAUCCGGCCUGGCAACAAGUCUUGAAGAGGGUUUGAAGACGUUCAAGUUCUUGAAUCGUUUCCCGCUUGACGAAUAAAAUCUUGAGAUUUCGGAUUCUAGUGUAGAAGCAUAAUUUUAUCAAGGCAAACUCCAUACCGUUAGACCAAUAUAUCUAUGAUUCACUGCAUAUUGUAACUGUGUUGAUAGUGUUGUGGUCCACACCAAACAGA